AUGAUGCUAAGGACAGAUGAAAUGGUUGAAUGGAACUUAGAACACACAAGUAAGCUUAUUCCUAAUGUCUCCAACUCCAUCUGUGAAAAAUCAGGAACCCGAAAUAAAGCAACGCAGGCCAAGAGAAAAAUUGAAAGCCAAAAAGUGGUGAAACUGAGGGACCUGAGGCAGCUUAGGGUUAGUGCGCGCCGCCGUGUUGCUGCCUGUGCUCGAGGUGGCGGAGCUCCUCCGGCAAGGCGACGAGGUAGGAGAAAAUCAUCCCGCCAGUUGAACGGAGCUCGUCUCGAUGUACUUGGCGGCGUAGUUUGUCGAGGCCGCGCCGGAUUGCGUUCUUCAGGUAGCGAGUGGGAAAGGAGCCUUUAA